AUGAUGCACAUCAAGCUGCUCCCGAUGGGAGCCGACGUCAGCGCCAUGUACGCCGACCACAAAACCUUCUACCCGGGCGACUGCGGGCUCGACCUCUUCUGCCCGGAGACCGUGACCGUGGCCCCGCACACUACGCAUUCCGUCGGCCUCAAGAUCAAGAUCGCCGCCUACCGGAAGAACAGCCCGGAAGACCGCGACGCCAACAGCAUGAAGAGCGUCGGCUGGCUGCUGAUGCCGCGCAGCAGCAUCGCCAAGACGCCGCUGAGGCUGGCGAAUUCAGUCGGCGUCAUCGACGCUGCAUAUCGCGGGGAGAUUGUCCUGGCGCUCGACAACAUCCGCGACGAGCCGUACACCAUCCAGAAGGGCGACCGUCUGGUGCAGGCCGUGUCCUACGACGGCGAGGAGAUAUCCUACGAGGUAGGUGGACUGCAUGUCCCUGCUGAAUGCGCUACGUGA